AUUAAUCAGCCUCGGGUCAAUAAAACAAUAGAAAAACUUUAAUCUUCCUUGUUGUAAAAGUAGGCAAGAAGGCAUAUGGUGUUUUACAAACAUAUGCGCAACGAUUUGAACGAUUUCAGCUGAACUACAAAAAAUAGCAUCGUAAACAAAAAUGGCGGAGGGAACAGGAAGCGACCUACCCGAAGACUACUACACAGAUAAACAUGUUACAUUUGAGGCGAAUGAUGUACCCCUUUAUCAGCCAGUUAUCCCUCUGUCGCAACGAGGUUAUGGCCAGCAGACAUGCCCGGUGCAGCCAGCCUACGGACAUAACACAGAAACAAUAGAUGUUAAUCAGCCACAAACAGCCAACAUAAUAAUCCAGCAGCUACCUCCAGAUUGUUUGAUGGAAUCAGUUUUAGCUUGCCUGUUUUGUUUUUGCCCUACUGGAAUAUUCGCCAUCUUCUUUGCAUGCAAGGCAAACGAUCUGGCGAACUCUGGUGACUAUGCCGGGACAAAAAGGAUGUCUGAAUACGCAAGAAUGCUGACUAUGCUCAGCGUGACAAUUGGAAUUAGUCUGUUGCUCGUUAUGGUGCUCCUGGAGCUGCAAUAUCUCGACUUUAACUACAGAUAAUAAUGCCCAUGUAAUAACUUGUGUACAGGAAUAACGAUAACAAAUUUACGUUUAAUGACAAUUACUUUUGCCCAUGCAAUAACAGUGACCAAUCAAGUUUGUUAAACAUAGUUGACUAUUUGUUUCAUCAUAUGGUUCAAUUCGGAAACUGUUCUAAACAUGAUGAAAUUUACCACGUAUCAAGCUAUUAUUGGAUACGAAAUAUACUUACACAUACAAUCAUGGAAUGUGAACAUGCAAUCUUACUUACAUGGUUAUUAAUUAAAAUAUCUAAUUUCAUAAAAAAUCUAAUUAAAAAGAAGUUGGAUUAUUGACAUAGCAUUUGGGAUUGAUACUUUAAUUUACAAAGCAUUACCUUUUACCUUUUAACCUAGUUAUAUACAACUAAAUGACAAGCCUGAUCCGUCAUGGUGCCAAAUCUGCAAAGGUAUUCCAGCCAUUCAUAUUCAUAUGAAUAAGAACUAAAUAAAGUGUAAUUGUUUCUUGAUCAUAUUUCAUUAACUUAAAGGUUUAUUAUAUUGUUCAUGUUCCAAACUUACCCCUUAGCCUAACAAUUACUCUAUUUUUUAUUUGUUAAGAUUUAAUGUAUUGCAACAUUUUUGCUUUAACAAAACAAUUUGUCAAGCAUUAUUUUAUGUUCA